UAGGGAGUGUGUGUUACUCCACACCGAUCAGGUUAUGUCAAGUUCUCUGUCGGUCGUGUACCGUAAAACGUGUUCACUCAAGUGUGACCACGGUCCACACAUUCCACUGAUUAUUGUGUUGAACGUGGUAAGCCCGCGCCCGACUGAAUCGCGAUCAUAUACGAUUUCGUACCUGUGGGCUCAGGUGAGGUGUGGACUGGCAGAGUACGGCAUAUACUCACCUGUAGGGCCAGGACAAGUGACACCCUACUGACAAUACCGGGGCAGUGAGUGGCUCUCUCACCUGUCUUUGACGGAUAUUAUAGGGAAGUGCUUACACCUGUGGAAUACCUGUCUUAUAGGGAUGUGUUUACUCGAGGAAAAGUUUUAAAGAAAUGAACGUUUAAACUACAUGACACGAACCACGUUGGAUGUUUUUAUUACGUAUCAAUCGUAUUGUCUUGUAAUUAACGAUAUAAUACUUUUACAUACCUGUGCAAACAAGGAUUUUAUCAGCUAUUCUUACCUCGUGUGAUAUGUUGCCAACACUGGUGGUUUUAUUUAUCUUCUCAAGAAGGCCGUCGACGAGUAAAGAAAUACUGUAUGCCAUAUCUAUAUAGUGUACGAUAUAUAAUAUUUACUUUGUGGCUUUACGUGAAAACUAUUUGACCGAGUUAGCGCUGGAACUUGUGUUUUAUAACUUUCGAGUUGAGGCGACCCCCGGGACUGAGCGGGAUGAGUGAGGGCGGGCUAAGGAUGCUGGGUGUUGUGAUAAUGAUGACAGGUGUGGCUGGAGUUUCGGCCCAGUGCCAGGGUCCCAGCACUGCCGUAGUGGUAGUGGCCAGUGUCUUCAGCACACUCGCAGUAAUUUUUUUAGUGUUGGGAAUUAUUGCUUUCCUGGUCUGGAGACGUCGUAGAGGCCUGUCCAGUCCCCCUGGCACACCUUCGAAGAAAAACCAUUUACAAGAAGUGAGGGAUGUCCCGUCUCCAGAGGGGGGCGUGUCUAAUCCAGCCUUCAGUGAUGUCGACAUCAGUCUUGCUGAGGAAGGAGUGAGCUAUCUCCAAUGUAAAGAGUACAAAGGUUCUCCUGUAAAACCAAAGGUGCCACAGACCAAUGGAGGGAAGGAGACAUCCAAGAAAAACUGGGCGUCCUUGCCAGUGGGGGACGUACCAGGACUACAGAGGAAUGGGUCUGUGGGCUCCCUUGAUGAUGGACUCAUGUCUAUGGAUCCGGAAGUGACCAGUGUAUGGCUACAGAGCCAGGAUUUCAUCGGCUUAGGCUUCAACAUCGCUGGCAGUAUGAGGGAUGGGAUUUUUGUCAGUCAGGUUCACAACAGGGGCCCAGCCAUAGAGUCGGGUAAAUUCAAAGUUGGAGACCGAAUUCAAAGUGUAACUAUCUCGUUUGCCAACAUGGUAUUUGAAGAUGCCCUGACCAUCCUAAGUUAUGCAUCCCCGUACCCUGUCAAGGUCACACUACAGAAGGAACAUCAACGUCAGAAGAACCGGCGUCUCAGCGACCAAAGCACCCGCCUGGCUCAUCCGUUAUAUCGCAGCCAAUCAGUGGACACCUUAAUAAAGAUCAAUCGGCAGGGGAAAGUGACUCCUAAAAGAAGCUUUAGUGAAAUGAGAUCGGAAACACGGACGAAUGGCUCUCCUAAGAAGAAUGUACUACAUGUAAAACAGACUAGUGUCCCAGAGGAGAUUAAACCCAGUCCAAUACGGGCGACAGAGAUUCCACAGAUCAAAGUGAUUCCUGCUAAGAAUAUUAAUUUAAGCAAAGCUGUGGUGUCUUCAGAUGUAAUAGUUCAUAACGUGGAUGAUAUUAGCGUAGAAGUUGAAACGAAAAAUGUGCAGCUAAGAAAUAAAGACAAUAAAAAGCUUACUCCAGCUGUUAAGUUUGUUAAGGAAGAUAAGCCGACAGAUUCUCCUGUGUCCCAAAUCCCCGAGCCAAUAUUGCAAACUAACGAUAGCACCGACGCCGAGACUGCCAGGGACUUUGUGGAUGUAUUUGAUAAGUUAAACGAGGAAGAUAAACUAGAUAUGCUACGUCUAAGUUAUGAGGACCCCGACACAAGUGCUAAUGAAAGUGUAGUGAUACCAGAAAAUGAAACAAAAGUAGAGGCUUCUUUACCUGACUUUGAAAUCAAAACAGAUUCUCCGGUAUUAAAUUCAGAUUAUGUUAACAUAGAAUUGAGGUCUCCUCCUCCCAUGAAGCCAGAACGUAGGAAAAAGAAAAACUCCGGGGAAGAGGGCAGUGAGCCAGGAACACCGCAAGACUUCAGCGAAAUUCCUCAGGAAAUAUCAAGUGAAGACAUCGUACCUUCCGUCUCCAUGGUAUCCGAGUGUCGGCCAAUCAACACACUCGAGGUCUCUGAGGAUUUUAUUGUUGCAAAAAAACAUGACAGAGAUACUAGUGUUGGUUCUAAAAGCUUUCAGUUAUCUCCCCUAGUAACCAAGUCAGAAGAGUUGACUGAGGUGGCCAUGCCAAGCAAACUCCCUCCAGACCUUGGACCACCGCCACCUGUCCCUAAGGAGGAGGGAGAGGACAGUGGUGGGGACUGUAGUCACACUCUCGUCGAUUACAGCCUGUCUGACAUGGAGAGUACAUUGACCCGACCACGCAGUCCACAAAUACCCAUUGAAGAGGACGCAAUCAUGCCUCAGUUCCUCUCCAAGGAGCCACUUGAGGCAGUGAUGCCUUGUUUAUUCUCCCCAGCAGGGGACACUGGAGACAGCUUGCAGACAAACAAGCACCACCUACAGGAUUCUGUUAGUGAGGAUGAUGAUACUGCUGAUGAUGAUGAUGACCGAAGUUCAUCUGAAAACAAAGACACAAUGGUUGAAAUAGAAAAAGAUUUAUCAGAUGUGGACUUCAGCCUAAACAUGACCUCUGACCCCAGCUUGUUUUCUACACCAUUCCCAAAGAGGAAUACCAAGGAGACGCAAAGUGGUGUGGCUUACGACAUCUCUGUGCAGGAAUUACAUGCCAUUGAAUCAGAAAAGAAGAAAAAUUCCCACUCCUCUGGUGAUCCUAAAGGAGGUAUAGCCUAUGUGAUUAGGGACGACAUUGUAAGUGGUGUGCAACGGACAAUAAAUUAUGAGCACAAUGCAGUGUCGAAAUCAAUGUCAUACGCAGGGACCGAGCUCUCAUCGCUGGAACAGAAACAACACACAGGUUCACUGAAGGACGUCAACAAAUCAUCUGAAGGAGAGGAGAGUGAUCUUGAUUGGUCAGGAAAAAGACUGGUGCGCUCAGAAUUAUUCUCAGACAUUCCCCAGAAUGACUCGGUCAGUGAUUGGACAGAACAGAAACUGGACGAUGAAGGGGAAAGUACGCUGGUACUACAGAGUACUUACAAUGACAAUAGUGUGACUUCCUCUGAAGAAAACUUAAAUGACAUUGAUAACCCAAGACUUAUGAGGGCAAACAUAUUCAGGGCAAGAGAAAAUCUAGCAAAUUUAUCAGAUAAUUCUGAUUCUAUGAUUCUAACUUCUGAAUCAACCAGUCACAGUGAAAGUUCUACCCCUCCACCACCCUACACUACUGCUAAUGGGGAGAAUUAUGUAGCCAUUUCCCCGGAAACAACACCCACCAAAACACCAUUCAGCCUCAUGGAUGUGCACAAUGAACAGUCCAUCAGUACAGAUCAGGAAAACAAUGAGGUCAUCACGAAUGCACUUACGUCAAAGUAUGAAGUGUCAGGUAAUGGAGGCUUCAACGUCGCUGUGAGUACCACAUCUGAGGUGGAUGACACAGACUGCUAGCUAAAAUGUGGGACAAAAAUAAACACCACUCUGUUACGGGUCAAGAUUACCUCUGCCCAACCAAAGGUCAAGGUUGAUUUAAGUUGACCACUCAUGAACAGUUAGAAAUAACACCAUAUACAAUUUACAAGAUAUACAGGCAGUGACUGUGCUAGUAAGAUAACUUCAGUAACCUAUUACUUCUACCUUGACCAUUAAUGUUGGUGAUUAUAGGAGGUAAGACAAGGUCAAGGUCACUAUUACUGCUGCUGCCUAGGGGUCUAGGUCAGUGCUAUUGCAGCAUUGGAGUUUAAGUAUCUGCUAUUGCGGAUGCUUAGUGAUCAGUGUUGGUGUUUAUGGUACUGUAUAGGGGUCAAGGUCAUUGUUAAUACUGCUACCUAUGAGUUAAGGUCAGAGUAAUUACCAUAGCUGCUUCUGACUUAAGGUCAGCUUUAAUGAUGGUACUGUAUAGGGGUCAAGGUUAGUGUUAAUACUGCUACCUAUGAGUUUAGGUCAGAGUAAUUACCAUAGCUGCUUCUGACUCAAGGUCAAUUUCAAUGAUGGUACUGUAUAGGGGUCAAGGUCAGUGUUAAUACUGCUACCUAUGAGUUAAGGUCAGAGUAAUUAACAUAGCUGCUUCUGUCUCGAGGUCAACUUCAAUGAUGGUACUGUAUAGGGGGCAAGGUCAGUGUUAAUCCUGCUACCUAUGAGUUUAGGUCAGAGUAAUUACCCUAGCUGCUUCUGACUCAAGGUCAACUUUAAUGAUGUUACUGUAUUGAUCAUCAAUAAGCUCAGGGGCCAACAUACAAUCUCUGACUCAGAUCAGGGGAUCGGGCUUGCUACAGGACAAUGAAAUAGUUUUUUUGACAUUUCUAUUGAACUCCAAUAGAUAUGGGUGGGCUUAUUACCAGGCAUGGGCUUAUUGUUGGAUACAUAUGGUAACAAAGUUGAGGGCAGUAGCUGUGUUCAAGGUCACAUGUAUAUAGAUAUUCUACCUCGGUGAUGUGUACUAAUAUAAUGCCUCAUAUUUUCAUAUUUUUAAAGACUACAGAAUAACGUCAUUCUGGUUACGCAAGACAUACUAUAUGUUGAACAUUCCAACAUGAGCUGUGUUGGAGAAGGGCCACUGUGUGGGAGGAGGGCCAUGACACUUGUGUUUACUGCCAUCAUUGUCUAUUUAUCAUUAUAAACAUAGUUUUUGUGACAUGGUGAAGUCUUAUGCCGGGACCUAUAAUUAAAUGAAGGUAGUUGUUUUCUAAUUACAGAACGACUGGUAUAGAUCACUGGUACUUUGUACUAUCUUAACUGUGCAUUCAUACAUAAAAUCAUCUCAAAUUACGUGUCAAACAAAAUUCAAGUUUUAGUGGUAUACAAAAUGACCAUCAUGCCAUUCCAUACUAUUUACUCCUUUCCAGACACUUGAAAAUGUACCAGGAAUCGACACAUACAUGUAUUGAGGUAUAACAUACAUAUGUUUGAUUAACAUAACAUAGAUCAUUUAUGUCUGGUAUAUUAUGUGUAUAUAUGUUGUACAAGGAAGGAAAUGUGUCAAAAACCAUGCAACUUUUUGCCAAAUCAUGUAAAAUAUCUGAUAUUUUCUGCUGUGACGAUUAGCUGGAAAGUCAUGUAUGUUUGAAACCUGGUACAUAUAUUUUGAACUCUUCAUUCAUCAAACAUGUUUUGUGUACACACACGAAACACUAGCAUGGUGAGAAUUGAUAGACAGCAUCACCUGUAGAGUAUAUAUUUAUAAUGUUGUGUAAAUGAUUUUACAAAGUCGUGUUUUCCUCAGAAAUAUUAAGUAAUUUUAUAUGUAAAUGUUAGUUUAUCAUUUAGCGGGCCAGAGUUUGAACUACUGGGGCAAAUAGUUAUCUGUCUGUACCGUGUAUCUGUGUGUCCAAAUAUUGCUACCUCAGUUUAUGAUAUAAAUCUGUGCUCUAAGACAUGUUUACUCAAUCGGAGGAUCUUAAGAUUGGUAAUGUUGUUAAAACGUCAUAGGUCAUAAUUAAGAAAAAAACAGAUUUUAAACAGAUUUACUUUCCAACAUUCUAGGGUUAUUUCUAGAUGAAACAAUACUUAAAGUUAAAGGACCACAGAGAAAAAAAAUAAUCCAUCUCAAAUGUCCAAUAUCAUGUCUAUUACUUUUUCAGAUCACUCAUAUCUUUAUCUGGUGAAAGUCUUACGAUGGGAACAUUAAAAUAAAUAGUAAUUGACAUUAAAUAUAGAGUACAUAUUAGAAAAUGUCCUAGAAGCAUUAGAAUUAUUGUCGGCUAUAUACCAAAGUUUAAUAUUUCUAGCAGACAUAUGUAACUGUCAAAAAGCACUCUAUAUUUACAUGUGUACCUCCAGCCAGUACAUGUAAUAUGUAUCCAAAGUUUCGAAAAAAAUAUGUUAACAUGCAGACUCUGAAGAAAAAUAUGAACAAUUAAGGCAACAUUUGUCUACAUGGCAGCGUAUACCACCUAAAAAUAUUCUAUAAAAUUUAUAGGUUGAAUUUAAUUAUAAAGGCAAAUUGUAAUGGAUAAUAAAAUAAAAUUAGUAAGUUAAACGCCAUAAAGACAGUGUUACAGAUAGAUAACACAUAUAGGUAAUAUGUAGGUUUAACUGAGUUAAAUGGAAUGUAAUAGAGAUGAAAAUAAACAUGCUGAAGCAUUAUUAUUAACUACAUAUAUAUAUUAUUAAAUUUGAUCUGCAAUGUCAUAGCGUGAAAAAAGAAAAAAUGUUCAUUUUUGUGUCAAAUGCAAUACACAGCUUUCUGAACUAAAGGCUUAUUAUAGAUAUUGAAAAAUAUUGUAUAUAUGUAAAAUAAAUUAUUUUUAUCAAUAACAGGUUCUUUUUGA